GCCACUACUCCAGUAAGAACAAGCAAACUCCAACGACAGCCCUCCAAUGGCUCCAGUAACAAGAGCCCGUCGAAGAAGGGACUCGAUCCCUCUCGUCCCGGUCCUCGAUGACCCCAACAGUCCCCAUCCCGCCGCAGAACUCCCAUUGCUCCAACGACUGGAAGGCUCAACAGCGCCCGCCUCCACGCCCUCCAAGCUGAAGAAACAAAAACCGAUUGCGGAAGGCACAGGCGAGCACACCAGCGACAUUGUAAACCAACCACCGCCUCCUCCACUGUCGCCGGGGAACGAACCAACCAAUUCCACUGCGGCAGAUUCCGAAUCUGAUUCCGACUCCGACGAUGAAGCGCCAGAAGUAGUAUCGCUAGACACCGGUCGGGAGGUUGUGGAAAAGGCACAAGAUGAAGCAAAGCGAGCUGCGGAAGCCCAGGCAGACGCUGCCCGAAAAAAGCGAAAAGCUCACGGCGCAAAGCUAAAAGAACAAAAGGAAGAAGCGAACGAACGGAAGAAGAAGCGGCGCAAGGUUAAUCCUGAGGACGAGGAAGAGGAGGUAGAUAACUCCAGGGCAUUGGCCAUCACCGAGAAAUCUACGGAACCUCCAGUGGAUGGGGCAAAUGUGGCGAAUCCGUCCCCACUAUCACCGCCGCCGGCAGAGCAACAUCUCACAAAGUCAAACUCCCCGGCACUCCUCCCAGAGACACUCCUGGCGCAAGUAGCCGCAACAAAACGCCGCCACCACCAGGAAGAGCAACCAGACAUAUACCCUAACCCCGAACCCGGGCAAAAGAAUCAAGUCACCAACACCGGCACUGGUGGUCGCAACGCAGAACGCAAUCGCAGAAAGAAACAACGACAGAAGUUGAAUAGAACGCUCAAAAAGGGCCCCGUCAGCGUCAAGGUGCUCAAGGACGAUAUGAAGUCUAGGAAGAUACUGCCGCCACCUGCUGCUAAGACUGUCGGUAGCAUUAAGGAUUCCUGGUUGUUUGGGAGGAAGGCUGGGGGGGCUAUGAGGAGGGAUGUAGUUACGGGGUUUGUGAGGAAGUAAAGGAAGUGGCAGGCUCUGUUCGACCAAUGGGCAGAAAGGCUUAUGUUUGUUUGCUUGCUUGUUUGUGCCUGCUAUGGGGUUGGUGUGUGUGUAUGUGUGUAAUGCUAGUAGUGACUUGGGCGCUUGGGGGUAACUGUGGGUCACCGGAAAUCACUCACUGACUAUCACGGUGAAGGAAAUCGGGCCGGGCCUUUGUAUC